CUUUCCGGCGGGUGUGAGAUCCAGGCGCCUUUACCAUCCCGUUUCCAGCUUGGUGCCGCUCCGACUGCAGGGCUGGCAUCUGGCCCCGGAGACGGCUGCUGUGUGGAGAGACAGCGGAGCUAGGCGGAUGUUGACACACGAGGUGACCUUGGUCUAGUCUUCCGUGGUGCCGAGCAACGGCCCCGGUUUGUGCGCGGGCCUGUUCAAGGUCCUCUUUUGAGUGGCUGAGGACACAGAGCUAGGUCGGUGCGAGUGUCUGCGCUGUGGCGGGCGCACCCGGACGCGCGGGGGGGGGGCGGAGGAGAUGCCCCUCCACGUGAAAUGGCCAUUCCCCGCCGUGCCGCCGCUCACCUGGACCCUGGCCAGCAGCGUCGUCAUGGGCCUGGUGGGCACGUACAGCUGCUUCUGGACCAAGUAUAUGAACCACCUCACCGUCCACAACAAGGAAGUGCUCUAUGAGCUCAUCGAAAACCGAGGCCCUGCCACCCCCCUCAUCACCGUCUCCAAUCACCAGUCCUGCAUGGAUGACCCGCAUCUCUGGGGAAUCCUGAAACUCCGCCAUAUCUGGAACCUGAAGUUGAUGCGUUGGACCCCAGCAGCUGCAGACAUCUGCUUCACUAAGGAGCUACAUUCCCACUUCUUCAGCUUGGGCAAGUGCGUGCCCGUGUGCCGAGGAGACGGAGUGUACCAGAAGGGGAUGGACUUCAUUUUAGAGAAGCUCAACCAUGGGGACUGGGUCCACAUCUUCCCAGAAGGGAAAGUGAAUAUGAGUUCCGAGUUCCUGCGCUUCAAGUGGGGAAUUGGACGCCUGAUUGCCGAGUGUCACCUAAACCCCAUCAUCCUGCCGCUGUGGCAUGUUGGAAUGAAUGAUGUCCUUCCCAAUAGCCCACCCUACUUCCCCCGCUUUGGCCAGAAAAUCACCGUGCUCAUCGGGAAGCCCUUCAGUGCACUGCCUGUGCUCGAGCGGCUCCGGGCAGAGAACAAGUCAGCUGUGGAGAUGCGCAAAGCUCUGACAGACUUCAUUCAAGAGGAAUUCCAACGCUUGAAGACACAGGCCGAGCAGCUCCAUAACCACUUCCAGCCUGGGAGAUAAGCGUUGUCCCACUCAGUCCGGCUGUGGAAUCCUCAGCUCCAAGAAGUGGCUGUGUCCUCUAAGGCAUGGGAAGAGGCAGAGCUCAGACCUCAGUACCAGCCUGGUUGGCUCUCAGCACCACCAUUGGCUUUUUUGCCUUGCAUGAACCUGGGGCUGGAGGAUGGAUGCUGCUUUUAGCUAAGAUGCGGGUUUUAGGCAGAUUGGCUCCUAACCACUACUGGAUGCUCUCUUCUACUUGGUGAGCAUCUAGCUCCUCUGUGGUUCGUUAGUUAAAGGAGGGCUUGGCUCUUCCUCACACUUGUCCAAGAAGGCAAGAAGAGUCUUAGGCAGGGGCCUCCUUCCUUCUUGCCUUCCCAUUUCCUCUCCUGGGGUUGGCAGGGAGUGAAGGAGGCAGGUGAGCAAUGAGUAGGGUGGGGGAGGUGGGGCCUGGCUAGGACUAUGGCCCAAGGGCCAUAAAGCCCCUAGGCCUGGCUCCCACCUGCGCACCCUUGCCAGUGGAAGAGCGGCUCAUUACUUCCUCAGGGAUGGCUGUCAGCCAUGUCUUCUUUCUGCCUGAGCUUCCCCCACUGCAGAGCCUGUCUUUAGGCAAGGCCUGUCCUUGGGUCACCUGCAGACAGGAAGAAAAGUUCUCGGCCAGAAGUCAAGCCCAGCUGAGCAGAGCCUGCAGCAAGGGCCUAAGAGCUGGCCACUCAUCGCCGUGCUGGGGCCCGCCCACUUUUCUAUCCUUUCUGUCUUGAUACCUCUCAUGUCCUGGAGUCUAGAUUUUCAUGUUUUUUAAAACAAUAAAGCAUCUAUG